GACUAUUCUUAAAGACAGCAGGUUUUUCCGGUACUUGCACACGGCUGUGAUAGUGAGUGGAACCAUGCUGGUGUUUGGAGGCAACACGCACAACGACACUUCCAUGAGCCAUGGUGCCAAGUGCUUUUCUGCAGAUUUUAUGGCCUACGAUAUCGCUUGUGAUCACUGGUCUGUGCUUCCUCGCCCGGGUCUCCAUCACGACGUGAACAGGUUUGGGCAUUCCGCCGUGCUGUACAACAGCACCAUGUAUGUAUUUGGAGGCUUCAACAGCCUCCUCCUGAGUGACAUACUGAAGUACACCCCUGAGAGAUGCGAAGCCUUUGACAAUGAGACGGCCUGCUUGCGGGCAGGUCCGGGCGUGAGAUGCGUGUGGGCCACCACCCCUCCCCACUGCAUCCCCUGGGAAAUGGCCGUGGCAGAGCAGCAGCAGAAGGUCUUUGAGGACUGCCCUCCCAAGCCAGUUGUAGACAAUGAAAAAUGUGAUCAGAUUACAGACUGCUAUAGCUGUACAGCAAAUACAAACAACUGCCAAUGGUGCGCUGACCAGUGUGUCUCACUGCAUAACAACUGCACAGAGGAACAGGUUCCGAUAACUGUGUAUGACAACUGUCCGAAGGAUAACCCUGCCUAUUACUGUAACAAAAAGACAAGCUGUAAAAGCUGUGCCAUGGAUCAGAACUGUCAGUGGGAACCGAGGAAUCAGGAGUGCAUCGCUUUGCCAGAGAAUAUCUGUGGAACAAACUGGCACUUGGUUGGCAACUCCUGCUUGAAAAUCACGAACGCAAAGGAGAACUAUGAUCAUGCCAAACUGUCCUGCAGAUCCAGUGGUGCUCUGCUGGCUUCUCUCACGACCCAGAAGAAGGUGGAAUUUGUGCUGAAGGAGCUGCACAAGUUGCAGUCUUCGCCCAAAACUUUGACUCCGUGGGUUGGACUGAGGAAAAUCAACGUGUCGUAUUGGUGCUGGGAAGACAUGUCUCCCUUCACCAACACCCUGCUCCAGUGGCUUCCUGAUGAACCCAGUGAUGCCGGAUUUUGUGGGUACUUAGCCGAGCCUUUCCAGCAGGGACUGAAGGCAGCAACCUGUAUCAACGAGGUCAACGGCAGUGUCUGCGAAAGGCCAGCUAACCACAGUGCCAAGCAGUGCCGCACGCCCUGCGCCCUGCGGACGGUGUGCGGGGAGUGCACGAGUGGCAGCUCCGAGUGCAUGUGGUGCAGCAACAUGAAACAGUGCGUGGACUCCAACGCGUACGUGGCCUCCUUCCCCUAUGGGCAGUGCAUGGAGUGGUACACCAUGAGCAGCUGUCCGCCCGAAAACUGUUCAGGCUACUGCACAUGUGCUCACUGUUUGGAACAGCCUGGCUGUGGCUGGUGCACUGAUCCAAGCAACACUGGCAAGGGGAAGUGCAUCGAAGGCUCCUAUCGAGGUCCGGUAAAGAUACCAGCCCCGUCGGCAACAGGGAAACCCAGCGUGGAGCCCGUCCUUAAUGUCAGCAUGUGCCCUGUGGAGAGCAGCUACAACUGGUCCUUCAUACAGUGUCCAGCCUGCCAGUGUAAUGGGCACAGCAAGUGCAUAAAUGAAAGCAUCUGCGAGAAGUGUGAGAACCUGACGACUGGCAAGCACUGUGAAACUUGUAUCUCGGGCUACUACGGCGAUCCCACUAAUGGAGGAACGUGUCAGCCUUGCAAGUGCAACGGCCACGCGUCUGUCUGCAACACAAAUACAGGGAAAUGCUUCUGCACCACCAAGGGAAUAAAAGGAGAUGAGUGCCAACUGUGUGAAGUCGAAAAUAGGUAUCAGGGAAAUCCACUUAAAGGAACGUGUUACUAUACUCUUCUCAUUGACUAUCAGUUCACCUUCAGCCUUUCUCAGGAGGAUGAUCGCUAUUACACAGCAAUCAACUUUGUAGCAACACCCGAAGAGCAAAACAGAGACCUGGACAUGUUUAUCAAUGCAUCUAAAAACUUCAACCUCAACAUUACGUGGUCCACAAGUUUUGCAGCUGGCACGCAGGCUGGGGAGGAGAUUCCAGUUGUUUCAAGAACGAAUAUAAAGGAAUACAAGGACAGUUUCUCCAAUGAGAAAUUUGAUUUCCGCAACAAUCCAAACAUCACUUUCUUCGUUUACGUCAGCAAUUUCACCUGGCCGAUAAAAAUACAGAUUGCAUUCUCACAGCACAGCAACUUUAUGGACCUGGUACAGUUCUUUGUGACAUUUUUCAG